AUACUUUUUUUUUCUGUACACAUAUUUGGCAAGAUUAGGCUGUCAGAUCUCAUAUUACAAGGCGUGUUGUUUGCAUGCAAAUGUAUACAGUACACACACACAUUCUCCUUCCACUCUCACACACGCACGCACACACACAUUUAGACACACAUCUUACUCCCAGAACAAUUGAUAUACUAUACAAUCUAGGCUUCAGUUAAUUUCUCUGCAGGACACCCCUGCACACUGAUUUCUGUAGCCAGAUUUUCAGAUUUUCAUAUGACUUUGUGGAAUAACAGAAGUUCAUGACUCUAUCUAAUCUACAUCAUUUUUAACUCAUUGGUUGUUGACAGCACCCCGUAUAUUUUAUUUUUCAUCGCUUUUUUGAAUCAUGAAGUUUUUUUUUCAGGUCUUAAAUAGGAUGGCUUAUUCUGUCAUUCACUGUCCAGGGAGUGGUAUAUUCUUAUGGGAAAAAAUAUUCUGAGAAUUGCCAGCCACCUCUCUCACUGCAUUUCAUUUGCUUGGUUCAUCUGUAUUCCCUGUUCUCUAAAUAGAACUCAUGUUCAGGAGUCUUUGUAAUAACGAAGGGAGCCCGUUGCAUUGUUUGCAAUAUUUUUUUUCCAUUGCGGACUUAGAAAAAUGCUUAGACCAUUGACAUUAAUACUUACUAAGAAGCAACAUUUCAAAGAAUUUUCCUAUGAGGAGUGUGUUUGUAAAAGUUCUUUUGAAUCUGACUGUGAACCUUUAACUGUAACAAAUACAAGAGCAAGGAAUGAUCAGACAAGGCCAAUUUGUAUACUGAACAUUUUUUUCAAGCUGUUUUGUCUGGCUCAUCUGAUUGAGAAAACGAUUUGGAUUCAAAGUGAAAUUUACCCUAUUGAGAAUCCUCGACCCAGAAGAGGGUGUAGGAUUUCCUGAAAAGAGGGCACAGGUAGGGACUGAAAUGGCAAAAGAUUUUUGAAGAUGCAAAGAGGGGAAAUUGGAGAUGGAAAUACAGAUGAACAAAAGGAGUUUUGGGAAAGUGAAAUAAAAGGAAGAGAUGCCUAAUUUCAUUGUAACUCAAUGCGCUUAAUCUGUGAAAGGAGUUUUUAAAGAUCUGGCUGAUAGAUCAGGCACAUGCUGCAUGACAUUUAGUAAAAUAUAUACCACGCAUUUCCUUAAGAGAUUCUAUAUAACUAAAAUAGUGUAUAUUAUAGUCAUAGGGGUGCAAACAAUUUAUUUUAAAAAAUAGCGUUACAUGCCUAGGCAAAGACUAUUAUUGAAUAUUUUAACUUUUUUUUUUAUUAGUUAUUCAUAUUGAAAAGACUUUAUUUUAGAACAGUAAAUAAAAAAUAAAAAUAUUUGUUUAUAGAAUAAUAAUUUUUACAUAUUAUUUGAAGCAUGAUGAUAUUGUAUUUUUUUUCUAUAUUUAUAUUCAAUCUUAAAAUAUGUAUUUUUUAGUAGGAUUUUAAAAAAUAAAAUACCCAUAUAAGGCAAAAUAGAAUAAUUACUUAUACACACUAAAGUUUUUUUCAUAUUUUGUUAUAUCUAGGUGGCUGAAAUUCCACUGAAUAGUACAGUGUGCAGAAUUAUAUAUUACACAUAACUGUUAUUUUUUGUGUCUUAAUUGUAUAGUUAGUAGACACUCUUUUGCACUGCAUUACUUUUGCUAUGAAACAAAACUGCUAGUUUAUAUCCUGUAUUCUGUGACUUAGGCUUUGGCCAUUAAAGGGUUAAUCUUCAGAGCACACAGAGCCAUCUGGCUGGGCUGGUUUGUUAUAAUCGAGAAGAUUAUGUUCACGAGACUCAUAGUUUAAGACUCCUCACCAAUAGAGCAACUCAGGAAUCUUUGUACAACGCCUGCAAACCAUUUUUUUUUUAACUUUGAAUGAAUAUACUUCUAGCAACCUAUAGCUUCAUGUCGACUUUUCUUAAAAAACUAACACGGAUGCCAUGGUUACUCCUGUUACCAAGGUUAUUCCUGGAGGAUAUUCAGGGUCUCGAAUCCAGAAUGAAUCCAAGUUUUUGAAGAAAAUCUGACGACAGGCUUAUUCUCUCAUGGGAAAAGAAGAAUCUCUGAUCUUACAGGUGAACAGGGUGAUGUCCAUCCUGUUUUGUGUGAUGUUUCUUCCUUAUCUUUGUGGCAUCCACGCUACCAACAUGGAUAAACGGGAUUUGCCAGAAAACUCCAUGAAUUCUCUUUUUAUUAAACUCAUGCAAGCAGACCUUUUGAAAAAUAAGAUUUCCAAACCAGUGGUUGAUACAAAGGAAAACAAGCAAAGUACAAUACCAAAAGCAGAAAUUCUUCUAGAUAUGGAUGUUGUUGAUAAUGUGAAAUCGGACUUCCAACCUGUCAUCUCAUUAGAAGUAGAACUGAUAAAACAACAAAGACAGAGGCGCUACAAUUCACCACGUGUGCUUUUGAGUGAUAGUCUUCCUCAGGAACCUCCCCCUUUGUACUUAAUGGAUGAUUAUAUUGGCCAUUCUAAAGUUGUUGGAAACAGAACAUCUCGAAGAAAAAGACACGCAGAACAUAAAGGCCAUCGGGGUGAAUAUUCAGUUUGCGACAGCGAAAGCUUAUGGGUUACAGACAAAUCGAAUGCAGUUGACAUUCGAGGACAUCAAGUCACAGUUUUGGGGGAAAUUAAGACAGGUAACUCUCCUGUGAAACAAUACUUUUAUGAAACAAGAUGUAAAGAAGCAAGACCUGUCAAAAAUGGUUGUCGUGGCAUUGACGAUAAACACUGGAAUUCCCAAUGUAAAACAUCCCAAACCUACGUUAGAGCAUUGACUUCAGAAAACAAUAAACUUGUAGGUUGGAGAUGGAUAAGAAUAGACACAUCCUGCGUGUGCGCGUUAUCAAGGAAAAUAGGAAGAACAUAACUGCAUCUUUUCAAUAUAUAAAUUAUUACUUUAAAUUAUAUGAUAUGCAUGUAGCAUAUAAAUGUUUAUAUUGUUUUAUAUAUUAUAAGAUGUUCUUAUUUAUUAAAUUUCAGCAAACCUAUAUAAGCUUUAUUCCCUUCUAAUAAAUAUGAGCAGAGGUUUUUGCCUUCUGAUGGGCAUUUUCAAAAUUUUAAAUAAUAUGUUUCAGAUUCUGCUGUAAGCAGUAUAUUCUUCAAUAUAAAACCAAAUAUUUGUGUGUCAGUAUUUCUCAUUCAGUAUUUUCAAGCCGGUGACUGUUACGUAAACCAAAUAUAUAAGAGAUGUAUAAACUGUAUGCACAUUAUAUUUCAAUAUAUUUUACCUCAGAAAUUAAAAAAAAAAUGAAUAUUUAAAAAAAAAAAAUGAAGAUCGACAGUUUCCAUUGAAAAUAAAUGUUGAUCUAAAGAAAGUUAUACAAUUUUUAUUCUGAAUAUCUACAUAGUUUUUUAUUUCAAGCAGUGUUCAUAGAACUCUGUUUAAUGUCCAGGAAUUUUUAGAUUAAAAAAUAUUUUAUUAAAUUCACCUUGUAAUUGGUCACUUUACAGUUAGUGCAUUAUACACUAAGGCCAUAGUCAAUGGGGUAUAUUUCUUAUAGUGUGGAUGGACAUGAUACAAUGUAGGGUAUCAUGUCCGCCGCAAAUCGAUAAAUGACGAUAGUAUACGCUGUCGGCAUUUAUCAUUGCACAAGCAGUUCUUUUGAACUGCUGGUGCAACACAGCCCCCCUGCAUAUUGGCCGCUAGCAGGGGGUGUCAAUAAACCCGAUCGUAUUUGAUCGGGUUGAUUUCUUUCCGCCGCCUCAGAGCAGGUGAACAGGUUAUGGAGCAGCGAAUAAAUUAACCCCAGGGAGUUGAAAAAUACAUUUUAAAAAAAUAAAAGUCCUGUUAUAUCAAAAUACUAUAAUUGGGAUAUUUUCAGACUUAUAUUUUAGAUUUUUUUGUUGUUAUUUCAGCAAUAAAUUUGGGACUCCCAUCUAUAAUGCAUUGCUAAAAUAAACAUACCUUACAUAAUAUAUAUAUCAUUUUUAUUCAGUAUAAUAAUGCUAGUUGCUGAAUAAAAUCGGUCAAUAAGAGAUAGAAGUUGAUUAUUUCUAAGCUUUUUUUUUGUUUGUUUGAGGUUUAAAGGGACACUAAACUCAAGUAGAUUAUUCAUGUUUAAAAGGUCUAUUUAAACGUGCUACAAAAAUAGGAAAACGUAGUUUAUUUUGAUUGUUAAAUAAAUGGAAGAUCAUGAUUGUACUGGCUGAUAAAGGAAUGCCCUCCCCAGUUCUAUUGGUGGACAGUGAAACCCUAAACAAUAUAUUCUUUUUUGUCAGUGCAGGAACAUCUGUAUAAAUUAAAACAUGAAAAGCUUUAAUAUUUUUAAUGCCCUGUUUUAGAUGUCAUAAAUAAAAUAAUGACUGUAAUGUUCCUUUAACAAUUAAAAAAUAAGGUAAUGAAUGACAAUUUAGUUCUUGUGCAGAACAAUGCAUAUUAUAUGAAACAUUUUUAAUAAAAUAUAGUUUUGGGGGGAUCCAAUGUGGUAAAACAGUUCAGAACUGAAACAUAACUAGUUUUACCCUUCAAAGUAAAAUCUACACUUUAUUAUGUUUUGUAUUAUUUUACAUAUGAAAUAAAUGCAUUGAGAUUUGAAA